AUUAGUUUUAUGGUCAGGAUUGAAGUGGCUGAGAGGGUCCAAAGGUACCAGCAGCCUUCUGAACAUCGCCAACAGAUGUAAGCGCCUGCAUGUGGAUUUCUGGAAAUCCAGGUAUGGGACAACUGGCAGCAGUCAUCUUCAUCUUGGUAUUGGUAUCUGCACACCAUCUCACUGCAGGUGAUGGCCAUGAUCCGUUGCUUGUCUUGGAUGGUUAUGAGGAUGACGGUAUCAGACUCAAAUGUUUCUCUGUGAGGUCGUUUUCUGAAGUCCAGGUGUUGUGGACAGAUGGUAGGGGAGGUAAUCUCACUGGGACUCCUCUCACCACUGACACCACCACUGCUAAUGCCAGCAGCUCCAUCGUUCUGAAACCAGAAUCUGGAAACUCUGUGUCCUGCAAAAUAAUUGAUAAACUGCUGAAAACAUCGACAGAAUCUUCAGUUGUCAUUGCAAAUGUCUUCUUUCCUGCCACCUCCCCUUGGCUGGCGGCUUUCAUCGUGAUCUUGCUCUUGGGCAUAUUCCUGGUUAUUGCUGCAAUUUAUAAACUCAGAAAGAACAGUAAGAUUACUACUCGUGAAAGUAAGUCAUAUUAUUACCUUAUUUAAAAGUCAUAUUAAUACUGUAUUUCAUCAUGAACAUCUUGAAAGAAAUGUGAAACACUGGAAAUGUUGGCCAGUGAUAGAAACCAUGGGAAUAAAUAGUUGUAUUCCUAAGUUUUUUUUUAUGACAGACUUCAAAAGAUUGGGAUUUUGACCUUAUCUACCUGUAGGGUCCAGCAAGGGUUUCUUUGGGGAGAAAGU